CUUUGACUGCUCUUACUCACAGCACCUGUGGUCACUGGGAGACAGUUUUAUAGUACAAGUUCACUAAAAAAAACCUGAUUCUAUUUAUUUUCAGAGUGUUUUUUCUGUAGGGUCGAGGUUUCACAAUGAGGGACACUCUGCUGCUGGUGUUACUGGUCUGUCUGUGUGUGACAUCAAUUCAAGGAAAUACUGAAUUAGGAGGUCUCCCAGAACCGGUGACUGAUACGCCGAACACAGACAUUUUGGAAGAGCUGACAGAAAUCAAACACGAGCUACUGGAACAAAAUGUGGAAAUAACGGUGCUCAAGGAUGAAGUGCAAUUCCUUCAAGAAAGAAUGGCUGAAGUGGAGAAAGAAAACGCAGUAAAUGAUGCCAAACUGACAACAAAUGAAGAGGAUUUGAUAGCCACUACAGCGGACCUGGAAGCAACUAAGACUGAACAGCUGAUCCACAAGAGAAAACUGGAGGACAGUGACAAUCUGAUUUCUGUGAUGAACGCCACACUGACAUCAAAUGAAGAGAAUUGGAUAGUCACUACAGCGUACCUGGAAGCAACUAAAACUGAACAGCUGCUCCAGAAGAAGAAACUGGAGGACAGUGACAAUCUGAUUGCUGAACUAACCGCCAGAAUGACAGCAAAGGAAAACCAAGUGACAGCGAACCUGGAAGCAUCUAAGGCUGAAGAGGAGCGCCAGAACCAAAAACUGGAGGAGGCUGGGAGAAUAAUUUCUGUGAUGAACGCCAAACUGACAUCAAAUGAAGAGAAUUUGAUAGUCACUACAGCGUACCUGGAAGCAACUAAGACUGAACAGCUGCUCCAGAAGAAGAAACUGGAGCACAGUGACAAUCUGAUUUCUGAACUAACCACCAGACUGACAGCAAAGGAAAACCAAGUGACAGCGAACCUGGAAGCAUCUAAGGCUGAAGAGGAGCUCCAGAACCAAAAACUGGAGGAGGCUGGGAGAAUAAUUUCUGUGAUGAACGCCACACUGACAUCAAAUGAAGAGAAUUUGAUAGUCACUACAGCGUACCUGGAAGCAACUAAGACUGAACAGCUGCUCCAGAAGAAGAAACUGGAGCACAGUGACAAUCUGAUUGCUGAACUAACCGCCAGAAUGACAGCAAAGGAAAACCAAGUGACAGCGAACCUGGAAGCAUCUAAGGCUGAAGAGGAGCUCCAGAACCAAAAACUGGAGGAGGCUGGGAGAAUAAUUUCUGUGAUGAACGCCAAACUGACAUCAAAUGAAGAGAAUUUGAUAGUCACUACAGCGUACCUGGAAGCAACUAAGACUGAACAGCUGCUCCAGAAGAAGAAACUGGAGCACAGUGACAAUCUGAUUGCUGAACUAACCGCCAGACUGACAGCAAAGGAAAACCAAGUGACAGCGAACCUGGAAGCAUCUAAGGCUGAAGAGAAGCUCCAGAACCAAAAACUGGAGGAGGCUGGGAGAAUAGUUUCUGUGAUGAACGCCAAACUGACAGCAAAUGAAGAGAAUUUGAGAGCCAUUACAGCGUACCUGGAAGCAACUAAGACUGAACAGCUGCUCCCGAAGCAAAAACUAGAGGAGGCUGAGAGACUAAUUUCUGUGCAAGCAGCAGAACUGGCAGCCCUGUUUUCUAGAACGACAACCUGUGAUGGGGAGGUGCUGAACCAGAAGAAGGACAUGAAUGCUCUCAGGGAUCAGAUGGAUAUGUUUAAGACUGAUCAAGAAAUCGUCAGGAAAACAUUGGAAAAGAUUGAAAUGAUAAUUGCAGGCACUGCGAAGCUGGCUUUCUCUGCUGGGUUGUCCCAUUCAGGAAGUAUGGGACCAUUCCCUCCUGAAACUCCAAUCAUUUAUGGCAGAGUCUUCACAAAUAUUGGCGGAGCUUACAACCCAACUACAGGCAUCUUCACAGCACCUGUCAGGGGAGUCUACUAUUUUAGAUGCACUGCCUUUAACAACAAGAAAGGAGAGUGGAUGGCAGUGAAUUUAUACCUGAAUGGUCAGAUAGUUUUGCAUAAUGCAGAGAUAGCUAAUGGUCAUACGAGCAUUGCAAAUGCAUUAAUUUUACAGCUGGAACAGGGAAGUUCGGUCUUUAUGUGUCUCCAAAAAAACUCUGGCCUUUUUGAUGAUUCUACAACCUGGAACACCUUCAGUGGUUUCCUGGUGUUCCCUCUGUGACUUUCAGAUAUCAUUUAAUCUUCACCGAGGCCUCAGGGAUUUGUACUUUUCAGUUGUCAUUUUUCCAUCAUAGUUUGAGAAUGUUGUACUUGGUAGCUGAAUUUGAUUUAGUUAUUUAAAAACAUUGGAGACAGAAGUUGACUGUUUUAUGUGAAAAUCACUGAAUAAAAACGGUAAACUAA